CUAAAUUUACAGUUUGCUGUAUUAAAUAUCUUGGAUUAAAUUCCUUAUCAGAAUCAUAUAACAAUAAAAACCACUUCUUAUUAUAUUUGGGAAAAUAAAUUUAUUAUUAUUAUUUCAGAUUAUACAAGUAUUGGUGUCGUCAUUGUUUAUGAAUUCACAUCAAGAUUUCAGUUUUUUUAGUAAGCCAAAAAAUGUUUGUAAGUUUUAUAAAAAGAAUAUUUUUGCUGUUCAAUUCAAGAUGAAUUAACACAAAAACAAGUUUGGUCAUAAUUUCCCCUGUGUUUAAAUAAAAAACAUACGAUCAAAGUUACAAUUCUGAAUAAAAUUUUCUUUUCUUUCCAGAUUGGAAUUGUUCUUCACCAAUCAACGGCACUAAUGAAGCAAUCCACUGGCAGGAUAUUGAACUAGCAGCCACUCCAAACGCCUUCGAAGUGCAAUAAAACAACACAACCACACUAAUUUAAACCAAAGAUUCAGUACAAGCGAAAACGAACUGUAUUAUCAUAGCAAAAAGAAAGGAACCCCAAAUCGCAACUACGUGUUCCAAUGGCUAUUCUGGGAAUUGGAAAGUCAAUACAAGCGAUAUGUCAAUUAGAGCUGAUUCACAAUUGUAACCGAGUAAAUUAUUCUAAGAACAAAAAACUUCACGACGCCGUCGUAUUUCAAACUUGACUCAACAACGCAACUUAUUUUCAUUUGAAAGAAUUUUAUUAUUAAUUGCGAAUGAUAUAGAAAGAGAAUAAAAUCAAAUCCAAUGUAUGGCACAGUCAAAUACGCGAACAAAUUAAUCGUCACCCCAUCAAGGGUUUCGUAUGGCGACUCAAAGUCAUAACUUCCACUGUUCACUGCCCAACUUUGUUGCUUUACCUUCGCAUCUUCUUAUACUGGUAUUUUUAGUGUUGCAUACAAACGUAGUAUUCGCUUCGGUAGAAUUGAAUGACUCUUUAAGUUCAGAGUUCAACUACACAAACGUUAACUCAACGACAAAUUGGACAUUCUUUGACUACAACACCACAAACACUCACAAACUUCAUAUCAAACACUCCAAGUAUUCGACGCCUGUCACUAUUCUUCUUUCAAUAAUAUUUCUAAUCGUAAUAGUUGGAACUAUUAUUGGCAACAUUCUUGUUUGCGUUGCCGUUUGUCUUGUAAGAAAGCUGAGAAGGCCGAGUAACUAUCUUAUAGUAUCAUUGGCAGUGAGCGAUCUUUGCGUAGCUAUAAUAGUUAUGCCAAUAGCGAUGCUCUAUGAUCUGUUGGGAUCGUGGCCUUUUGGACCUGUUAUAUGUGAUUUCUGGGUAUCAAGUGACGUUCUUUCUUGUGCUGCCAGUAUUUUAAACCUUUGCAUGAUUUCGGUUGAUCGAUAUUACGCAAUUACUAAGCCCUUGGAGUAUGGUGUCAAGAGAACUCCUAAAAGAAUGUUUUUCUGUGUCUUCAUAGUAUGGAUGAGUGCUGCUUUUAUAUCUCUGCCUCCAGUUUUAAUUUUGGGAAACGAGAAGACUGAAACUUCAUGUUCUGUAUCCCAAAAUAAGGUAUAUCAAAUAUAUGCUACACUUGGAUCAUUUUACAUACCAUUGACUGUGAUGAUGGUCGUAUAUUACAAGAUAUUUAGCGCGGCUAGGAAGAUUGUGAAAGAUGAGAAACGCGCUCAAUCACACUUGGAAACACAUUGCUAUCUUGAGAUCAACGUGAAAAAUGGUGGUGCAGCGGAAGCAAGACUUCUGGGUACCCAGCCCACACAACCACCACGAGGUUCAACUGCUAGCACCAAUACAACUAUAAGUGUAGAAAAAACAGAAAGUACUCUCGGAAGGUGCUUCAGCGGGCAGCGUAAAUCUAACGAGUCGCAAUGCCCAAUGCUGUCACAAAAAACUCCAACCAAACCUAUUCAUACAAUCAACCGUUCCACUUCACAAGUCAGUCAGACUCCAGAUAAUAAUAAAAUGCUCCAAGUCAAAGAGAGGCGGAGACAAUCAUCUGAAAAUAGUAACAAGUUAACAGCGAACAGGAUUCGUUCAUCCCUUUCGAAUUUUGCUCAAAAAAGUCACAUUGCCAAAGACUUGCUCCAGUCAUCACAUUCUCCGCACCAGAAGAAGCUACGAUUCCAGCUAGCUAAAGAAAGGAAAGCUUCAACAACACUCGGUAUCAUCAUGUCAGCGUUUGUUGUGUGCUGGCUGCCUUUCUUUGUUCUCGCAUUAGUGAGGCCUUUUGUAGAAGAAGGCACUAUACCUGAUGCUGUCAGCGCCCUCUUUCUUUGGCUAGGUUACGUAAACAGUUUGCUUAACCCCAUAAUUUACGCGACCCUAAACAGGGACUUUAGAAAACCCUUUCAAGAAAUUCUUUUCUUUAGGUGCUCUAAUCUAAAUCAUAUGAUGCGCGAGGAAUUCUAUCAUAGUCAGUAUGGUGACCCUGAUCAGCAUUACUGUGUAAAUAACACUACUAAAGUGCAUAACUAUGAUGAAGGUGUGGAAAUAGUGUCUGCUGUCGACCGGGAGGAGACAAGAGCAUCUGAAAGUUUUCUAUGAUUGUCAAUGCUUCAGGUCGAAACAAGAGACCGAGAUUCUGUGAUCUAAUUAAGACUUUAUUACAUUAAAAUAUUACCACGGUCUAACUGUGUUGGUUUUCUUACGUUGUUCAAACUGUUUUUUAUGUAACUUUUUAUAGCGAUAAGAUAUUUUGAACCGACUAGUCGUUACUAAUUUGUAAAUUAUUAUUCCUCAAAGGUUUUAGUCAUAUUGUUUUUACGAAAAUAUUUUAUGUGGUAUGAGUUUGUGGUGAUCAUUGGGAUAUGUAUGACUUAUUUGGAACACAAGAAGGUUUUCCUUUGUGCAAAUAUAAGCUUCCUAACUAAAAAUAAAAAAGUAUAUCAAGGUUACCACAAAAUAGAUUUUUUUUUUCAACAUAUUUUAUAAAAAAAAAAUCUGCACGAUCUCAAAAUGCAGAGUAAUAUUUUUUAUUUGAAUAUUUUAUAAUCUGUUAAUUAUUUGAGCAGUUGGUCAAUUUUUCUGUGUCAGGACCAAUGGAAAAACUGAGUUAUAUUUAAUUUCAAGAAAACUAUUUCAAUUUUUUCAUACAUAUGCCAUUGUAAAAGAAAAUAAAAUAGUUCAUAAGAAUGGGUGAAUUUUAAUCGCCAAGAAGUGUUGUUUUGGAAUGACCAAAGAGAUAUCUAACUUUAAUAAGAAAAAUACAUUAAUUUAUAGGCUGUUGUGAAUUUAGUACCUAUAGUAUUAAUAACGUAAUAAGUUAUUAUGUGAAAGUUGUAAAUUUUCACCUUUCAAAUUGAGGUCUAUAAGUAUUUUUAAUCCAUGUGAUAGUAGAUAUAGUAAAUAAUUAUGUUUUCCUUCCAAUGAUUUCAUUUCACCUUACAUUAUAUAGAAUAUUUGAAAUUUAACAUAUGUUGUAAUAAUGCUGUAUAUAUAUCGGUAUUUUGUAUAAAAUCACAAAUAUUCUUCAUACUCGUCAAGAAUUGAGGAGCGUACACCCAUAUUGCUAAAUUCAUAUGAAGUGGUACCUACCGUUGGCACUGCCAGAUAGCAUAACAUAGUGCAUAAUAAUAAUUGUACAAAUUAACUUUGUUAUAAUGUAUUAAAAUAUAUUUUGCAGUUUCAUACCGAUAUUCUAUUCUUGUACAACCAAUUUCUGCUAAAUACAUCAACUUUUUAUACCUACAUUACACAUCACUCCUGCAUAUCGCUUAUUUGAUAUAUUUUUCGAAUUUAUAAGUAAUAGUUUUUAUAUCGGCUGUUAAUAUUUAUAAUUUUAUUUUUUUAACUUACUCGGGCAGCUCUUUUUUCGCCCGGACAUGUGCUAUGUUACAGUUUUUGCUAUGGAUGCUUGUGAAAUCUACCAACGAGAUUCUUAAACUCACAUAUAAUUUUAAAAGUUAUUUUUUAUUAUUAGUUUACGUUUCAAAGUUUAUGUCUAUACAUGAAACUUACGGUUGUAAAUUGGUGUAUUUUAUAAACAUACACAGUUAGUUCUAACUAAUAUGGCUCACGCUGAUUCUUUUUUUUUUUAUACAAGGAAAAUACCUGGCAAGCAACAAGGUUAAUUGGGAUUCAC